AUGAUAAUCAUAGAUAUUGCCAGCAGGAGAGUUGUUUUUGAUUCAACAUUUAUAUUACAUAUUCCUGUUAAAUGUUAUAAUAUUUUUUCCUUGCUUCAGGAAUUUGAAGUUGACAUCCUUGAUGAUCAGAAGAGUAUUGUAUUGACUGCCCCAGCUACAUCCAAUACUUUCAAAAAUGCUGCUCAUGACAGUGCAAAGCUUAGCCAGAAGUUUUCAUUUACCCACAUCUAUGGACCAUCAACUUCUCAGAAGGAAUUAUUUGAGGAAUCAACCUUGGGUUUGGUGAACGAUUUUGUAAAAGGCCAAAACCUCUUGCUUUUUACAUAUGGUGCUACAAACUCUGGCAAAACUUUCACAGUACAAGGGACAUCUUCAGAUCCUGGUGUCUUGCCUCGUACGUUAGAUGUUCUUUUUAGAUUCAUUGGAAAUAAACAUUACCCAAGGAACGACCUUAAACCCCGAUAUUUUUGUGGUGUUAGCCGGCUAGAAGAGAGAGAUGUCAAGAAGGAAGAAGAAAAAAAGCAAAAUAUUUUCAAGAUUAGUCCUGAAAAUACAUCAAGAUUCUCAGGAUCCUUAUCAAACCUGUCCAAGUUUUCCAAUGACACCAGUUUGAAUGAAACUCUGCCAUCAACCACAGACACUAGUACAGUUUCAUCUGUGGUUGAAGUUCCUUGCCAUGAAGAUUCAAGUAUUAAAACUGCUGACUCGGAAAGCACUGUGUAUGCUGUGUUUAUAUCAUUUGCUGAAAUUUACAAUGAAUACAUUUAUGACCUCUUGGAGAAGAUGCCUUUAUCUAAGAAAAAUAAGCGCAAUCCACUGAUGUUGGGGGAAGAUCGUAAUGCCUCUAUUUAUAUCAAAGGUCUGCAAGAAGUACGUGUAAAUAAUGCUGAUGAGGGCUUGCAACUUUUGCAAAUAGGCCGUCAAAAUUUGCACUUUGCAGCUACCCGUUUGAACCACAACUCUUCAAGAUCACAUUGCAUUUUCACUAUUAAAGUUAUACGAGUUGCUAAUGCUAAUGAUCCACAUGUUGCCAGAGUAUCUAUGAUGUCCAUCUGUGACCUUGCUGGGGCUGAGCGUGCGGCAAAAACGAAGAGCACUCAUGAUAGACUGAAAGAGGCAGGCAACAUAAAUAGCUCACUUUUAGUGCUCAGUCGAUGCCUUGAUGCUCUCAGACAAAACCAAGGGCAGAAGAUUAGCAAGAAAAAGGAAGCUCCUGUUCCUUACCGAGACAGUAAACUAACAAGGAUAUUCCAGAGCUUUUUCUUGGGUCGAGGUAAAGCUGCAAUGAUUGUCAAAUCUGAAAUCACCACUAUUAUUGAUGAAACCCUGCAGGUCCUCAAUUUUACUGCAGUCGCAAGACAGGUAGCCAUUAGUCACUCGAAGCAACCAGAGUGUCAAGUAGCAGUCCCAAAACGAUCAAGCCAGUUUUCAAGAUUUGUGAGGCAGUCAUUCAACACAUCUGGUCGACUUUCAGUACCUUGGAUGAAAGAUUCGGCCAGUAUAGCUUUUGGCGCCAGUGAUAAGAAAGAAGACUCCAUGGUUAUUCAGGAAGAACUUCAGGAAGGAAUGGAAGAGGAUGAUGAGGCAGGAGAUGAAAGAUAUGAAGCUUUGCUGACGAUGAUUAGUCAGCUUCGAGACAGACUUUUACAGGAGCACAAGGAAAAGAUACAGUUAGAAGAACGUCUGAGAGAUGAGCUUUGCAAUGAGUAUUCCCAAAUGAUAGUUAAAAUUGAAAACUCCUGGAGCCAGAGACUGAGAGAACAACAAUCUCGAUUAGAGGAGUAUAGCGAAUUUAGGAUUAAUAAUCUAGUGAAUUCUGUUAAGAAAGCUGAUUGUCGCAAACGUCUCCGAUCUGAUUAUGAUCCUGAUGAAGAAUAUGUGCCCUCAAUAGAUCUAUUUCAAGAGCAGCAGAAAGUGAAGGAACAGGUAUGUCAAAUAAAAGAACUUGAAAUGGAAAAUGGACAGCUGAAAGAAGAAUUAGAGGUUAUAAAACUCUCACAGAAAAAGAUGAACGACCAAGUAAACCGAACUCGAGAGGAAAAUUCCAAACUUACAUUUCAGCUGGCACAACUCACACGACAUGUGGAAAAUACAGAUAAGGAAUUGGAAGCUGCACAGAAGACCAUUGCAUCGUCAACAAGUGAAAACCAAGAGAUUCAAGAUCUGAAACAUCGUUUGGAAGAAAGCCAAUUACAGUUAGCAGACAGAGAUAGUCAGAUAAAGGAGUUGAAGGAAAUGCUUGUAGAAGCUGCUGAAGAAUUCAUUAUUAAAGAAGAAGAAAUUCAAAACAUUUCUAGGGCAUUGGAAAAAAAAGAGAAGAUUAACACCAAUCAGCUGAUGUCUCUAAAUGAGCUUGAGGGUCAGCUGUCAGAAGCAAGAGAAAUCCUGAGUCAGCAUGCAGCACAGCUGGAAGAAAGAGAUCAACAUAUCUCAGAACUUCAAGAGCAGUUGUCUUGCCAGAAUGUGGAGGAUGGGGUUAACGAGACCAAGGAGCUGCGCAGUAUUGCGGAGUCUUACCAAACACAGGUUUUGAUCCUUGAACAGAACCUAACUGCUACAGAAAAGGAACGCAAUAAAGCAGAGAAAGACCUAGAGGAAUUGAGGAUUAAGAAACGACAAAUUGAAGAAGAUUAUCUUAGAGAUAAGAGCAAACUUUUGCUUGAACUUGCACACUUGAAAAGAAAUGGCAACAACAGUGUAAAAUAUGAGAAGGCAGGAUGCACAGAGUUACAAGAAGCUUUAGUGAAGAUCUCUCAAUUAGAAAGAGAGACUGCCACCUUAGAGGAGGAAAAGGGUCACUUGCAUAAUCAGUUGAUAGAAAAUAAAGACCUGUUUGAGCAUCUAAAGGGAGCAAACUUAGGGGGUAGGAAACUUGAAAGUCAUCAGAGAACUCUUGUGAAAGAGAAAGAGGAUCUUGAGAAAGAUGUUGCUGAGCUUAGUAAAAAACUGAUGUCUGUUCAAGAUGAAAGAAUGGCAGAACAGUUAGAUACUUCUUCCCUCAAGGCUAAUAAUGUAAGUAUCACUAAUCAAGUGAACACUUUGAAGAAUGAAAUUCAGGAUAAAGAAGAACUCAUUAAUUCUUUGAAUGAACAACUCUCAGCUCAGAAAAGAGCCUGUGCAACUGCUGUUGCUGAAAAAGAGGAACUGGCAACUGUGAACAGUGAGUUGUCUGUAAAGGUAGAGAAUUUGAAGGAAACUGUUAAUUCCAUAACUUUUGAUGAGUUACCCAAUGAACAAACUACUUCAUUAGAAAAAGAAAUGAGAAAGGUUAGAGAUGAGCUUAGAAAGGAAAAAGAGCUAAAUGCACUUCUAAAGGAAAAAGAAGAACUGCUUAGCAAAGUGGAGGAAGAAAGAGAAGGGUUACUAGUUAAGGUGGAAGAGGAAAAAGAGGCAUUGGCUCAAAAGGUGAACGAAGAGAACGUGGAGGAAGGGAAUGCUGAAGCUAUAAGGGCUCUUAAAACAGAGAUUGAAUCCUUGAAAUUAGAUCUUGAGGAUGCUAAACAAACCUUAGAGGAAAAGAAUAAGUCUGAGCACAAUUUAUGGAAUACUUUGCAAGAAAAGGAUGCACAAUUAAAGGAAAAUGCAAGUUACUUGAAUGAACAAGUACAGCUUAAAGAAGAAAAUGAACAGCUGAAACUUAAAUUAGAGAAAAGGAAUCAACUGUCAAAUGAUGAAAUUGAGCAGUUAAAGGCAAGUGCUGAGAAGGAAAGGGAACUUAGACAGCAAGCUGAGCAAGAGAGACAACAUGUAGAUGAACUUUUAAUAUCAGUGAAAUCUGAGCUAGAAAAAAUUCAGUGUGAGAGGGAUAGAUUAAAAGAGGAGCUUGAAUGUUCACAAGAGUCACUCUUAAAGUAUAAGGGAGAAAGAGAACAUUAUAUAACACAGCUGAAGGAAGAAAAUGAGUCCUUUACCAGCAAAUUGGAUGACCUUGAGAAAUUGGAGAAGGCUAAAGAACAAUUGGAAGAAGUAAAAGGUGUGGAGGUUCGUCUCAGAGCACAGGUGCUGGAAAUCAAGGAAGCUGAAUCAUUGCUCAAGGAACAAAAGCUGUCUAGUCAACAAGAGUUGCUCUCAUGCAAGGAGAAUCUCCUUACUUUACGAGCAUCCCUUGCAAUGCUUAAAGAAGAAAACACUUCAUUGAAGGAUAAAGCUGAAAACUCUUCAAAACUUCAACAAGAAUUGAAGUUGAAAGUCAAAGAGAAAGAUGAAGUCAUUGCAUCCUUGAAUGCAAAGGUUGAAAGCUUGGAUCGGAAGUUAAACAAUGCAGAGCAUGGUUUAGAAAAAAGAGAAAGAUACUUAGAAGAGGAAUUAGAUGCAGCUAGGAAGAAAUGUGACUGCUUGGAAAAGGAAGUACAAGCAGUCCGAGAAGAGCAACGGAGGCAGGAAGAAGUAAGCCAGUAUACUUCACGUGUUGAAGAACAAGAAGAAAAAAUACAACAAAAAGACCUUGAAGUGUCAACUCUGCAACAGGAAGUAAAAAGGCUGCUGCAAAUGUCCAUGACAUCUUCUAUGUGUAAUGAGACUCAGAAUACAUCAGAAUUAUCUACCUCAAAGAAAGAGAAGGAAAAAGAAGAUACAUGUGUCCAGACUCUAAUAGACGAAUUAAGACUAAGUGAAACCAACAAGGAAUCAUUAGUGAAGGAAGUGCAAGACCUAAAAAGUCAACUGGAAAAAUUGAGUUUAGUAUCUUUUGCCAAGCCAACGCCUUCCAAGUCUCCUAGGAAAAAGAUUGCUUAUUCAGAUCUUGAAGAGUCUUCAGAACUGGACAAAGCCCUCAUUGCACCCACUCCUAAGAGCAGGAGCACUCGGAAAACACGUACACCGAUGGCUCUGCGAUCAAAUCAGGAGGAUACUAUUUCCAAUUUUGAGAGUGUUGAUGUUGCUGCACCCUCGCCUAAAAGCAGGAGUGCACGUAAACCUCGUAUGCCUGUGGUGACCCCUAUAGAGUUAGAUUCUACUACUGAAGACUUUGUUACUGAUAUAAAGACAACUGUUAAUUCCAAAAGUAAGAAUUCUUCCCGCCCUCAACGAUCUUCACGUCGUCAGCCCAAGAUGUUAGAAGGUUGUGAUGUAUUUGAGAUUGAGGAUGAUGGCAACAAUACAGAGGACUCACCUUGGGAGCCACCUGUUUACAGUGAUAGGAAAAAUACAAAGGUAACAGGAAGGAGAGGAAGAGGAAGAAGAACUAAAACUUCAGAAGUGUUUAAUCCACACUUGAAUAAUCAAGAAAAUAAAAGCAUCUUAGCUAAUCAAAGUCAAGAAAACAUAGAGUAUGAUGACUUAAAGACUCCACAUCAAAAACAAAAACGUCAUUUAUUCAAAUCUGUCAAUGAUGAACUUUACACGGGAUCUCCAAACUUGGUUGAUCUUAAGCGAGAAGAUAGUCCUCACAGUGUUGUACGACGGCAGCUUAGAAACAAGAGGAAAUGAAGUUUCUGUUGCAUCUUCCCUUCCCUGUCACUCUUUGUACCUUGAGUAUAUUACUCAGUAACAGUAUAGUGGAUAUACUAUAACUUGUAUUUACUUCACUGUUUGUCUACUUUCUCUACCUUUGGUAAGUUACUUCUUGUAUAUUCAGAUGUGUUUUCAUUCUCCAUUUUACACUUAUAUGUAUGUAUAUAUAAUCCCAAUAUCUACAAGAAAUUUUCAAUGUAGAUGCUUAGUUAUAACUUAAAAUACUGUUGUACUGGUUGCAAUGCCACAGUUGAUAUUCAAGGGUUAUUAUAAUGAAAUUUAAAUACAGAUUUUCAUAUUCUCAGCUACAUGAUUUUAUUACUAUAUUUUAUCAUUGUACUAAAAAUGUAGCUUUUGAAGUUCAUGGCCAUUAUCCAAAGAACUGAAAAAUGACAAAUUUAUUGUGAAUUUUUUUUUCAUUUGUAACUCGGUUGUAAGUAAGUAAAUACAUGAAUCAGUCAAGUAUUUUAUGGAGUACUUUAUAUUUUGUCCUUGAAAGGCAUCAUUCAUGCAACACCACCAUUUGUCAAUGGCACUGGCAGUGACAGUUGGUUGGAGUAGGAUGGUUUAUUUAUCACAAUUUCCAGUUGUCCCUUUAGAAUCAAUGUUGUGUGGUGGCCUGUAUAAAGUCUAUUUUUCUGUUUGUCGUGGUGUCUAUGCAUACCAUGUACGUAGUUGUAUUAUAAUAGUUGGACUAGAAUAUUCUUGGAUAUUAUACUGUAUUUAAUACACAUUCUGUUAACAUAAAGGCUUGACUGAUUGUAUAGCUUAAGAUUUGUAAUGCCAAUGCCAAUUUUAUUUAAGUGUAUGCAAGAACAGUUACAUCUGAGUGAUCAUUGUUCAGAAUGUGCAUUUUGCAAUGUUUUUUUAGUUUCAUGUAUAGAAGUAAUGAUAUUUUUCUGUUUUAUUAUAAAGGUUUCACUUAAUAAAUUUUUAUACAAAA